AUGGCUUGCGUCAUCGCAAAAUUCUCGCUUGAUGCCGAUGAACGUGUUUCUCCUUGUGAAAUAAGUGGGAGAAUAAUCAGAGAAACCGCUUCAUUCAAACAAAAAUUACCCGAAAUCGAGAUAUUCGUCAAGACAUUCGCCCAUAAUGUUCUCGAAUACUUUCCUCGUAUCCAUCCGUGGCUCUAUGCUAAAAUAUUCUUCGUUUGCAGAACUCCUAUUUCACCUUCUCUAUUUAAAUUUUUUUCUGCCGAUGCGUUCUUGACUGUCGAUGAGGAGAACAUCAUUAUUUAUUACAAACGGAGAAACGGAAAAGGCGAAUUCGGAGGUCCCAAAGUGCGAAACGAGGGAAUAAAAGAAGGCGGAGUUCAAACACCCAGAAAUGAAAAACAGGCUGAGCUUGUUGCGGGUGGAAAUGCUGAGAAAAUUGACGCGAAAUCUCAAAAAAUGGAUAGUGUGGGGAUUUUGAAUGGAAAGAAUGGAGAGCAACAUUUGGCUGGUGCGAACAGAGCAAAUAUCGUCAAUCCCACCAACGAAAUGCCUGAAGCGCCGAUGGGACCCGUAUCAUCAGAGGGAUCGAAAGGGAAUGUCAAUCUGUCGAUUUUACCUCCAAAACCAACGAAUAAUGAUUUGAAUAUUAAGAAAUGUAGUGACACUACGACUACAGGAGCCAUCUACAACACACCGAGUACUUCAACUAACUUAUCAAGCUCUGAACCGCCUUCGAGAAUGAUGAAUGACGGAUCGGUGUCGAGCGAUCCCCGGGUGACAAAACGAGGGAAUAGUCAAGAAGGAGUCGCUCCACAAGGUGUAUCGAAACCGAGGAAACCACCAGCAUUCGAUUUUUCGAGUAUAAGUAUUAUAUUAGAUGCUCCCAGUACUUCCAGUGCUCUUCCGGUUUCUGAUGUGCCUCCAACUCUGACGAAUAAUGAAUCAACUUCGACAAAUGUUGGUCGGAAAAGAAAAAGAAAUAAAGAAGAAUCAACAGAUCUGCCAGGAGUACCAAAGCCGAAAAGAGCAACCAAAUCGUCUGUUCCUAACUUGGGAAACAUGACUUUCGAAAACUUCCGAACAUUUGUGAAUCCUGGAGAAACAAUGACUGAAUUUCUUAGUCGUAUAAUGCAACAUCCGAAAGGAAUUGGAGGGAGAAAAGGUCAAAUCAAGAGAGAGAUCUUCGACCAUGUUACUGCACAAUCUUCGAUUGAAAAAGAAAUAAUUGAAUCUGAAAAACAGAUUCGAAUGCAGCUUGAAGCGAAGGGACUUCACAUGAUUCCUCUCAAGUUUGAACCAAGGCAGAGAUUGUUGAUAAUUCCUCAAAUUCUUUCAACAAAUGUAACAAUGACGAGUUCCUCAUAUUUCAAGGACAUUUCUGAAGAUCUUCAACCGUUUUUCAGAACAUUGAAUAAAAUUCUCGAAAUUAUUCCAAAGUCGGAAAUUCUCUCGGAUAUCUACGGUCGGAUUAAUCAGUUUAUUAAAUAUUCCGAAAUCAAAGAAAUUGCGACAAGCAAUGGAACAACUGAAACUGCAUUCACAAUAAUAUGUAACUGUGCAGUCUUGAAUGCAGACGACAAUGUGCAAAAUGGAAUUACAUUGAGGAAAUUUCUUACAUUGUUACGAUCGGAAGGAAAAAAAGUAUUAAUAGACAACUAUUUUGAUAGAACCUGUCAUUUUGAAUUGAGCAAACUUGCUUAUAGUGAUAAGAAUACCGUUCAAAUGGAUCAACUUCUGGAUAGACCGAUAAACGAGUGGCCCGAUGACUAUUGGAAUAUGGCUUGGUCAAUUGCGGAUUUCUCAAAAAAUGCCCUUGAGCCUCAAACAUUCUAUGCAAUAAGCAUUGAUGUACUUGGGAAGAAUGAAGAAAUUGAUUGUGAGACAGGCGUAAUCGACAAAUUCGUCAAAUCAUUCGCCCACUUGACUCAUCGGUUCUAUCCACGCAUUCAUCCGUGGCUCCAUGCGAAAAUAUUCUUCGUUUGCAGAACUUCUCUGUUGGAUGCUGAAGUUGAAUAUUUUAGAACUCAUGCGUAUUUGGCUGUCGAUCAAGACAAUAAAAUUCUACAUUACAAACAACGAGUGGGACUCGGCGAGUUCGGAAAUCCGAGAAUGCAGGUUGAGGGGUUAGACGAUCCUGUUGAUCCGGCACCCACGAAUGGGAAUGUGGCUGGUGACAAUGCAGACCAAUUCGACGGAAAUCCUCAACAAGUUAAUGAGGUGCAAAAUGCAGGGUAUGACGCUGAUGCCCAAUUGCCUGCCCAACGAAACAAUGAUAUUCAUCAUAACGAGCAAAGCAAUGAGAACUAUCUUGAGAAUCAAUAUCAAUAUACUGUGGAUCGGCAAAGUGGAAACUCGAACACCGUCCCCGAUGAUUUUUCCGAUCAAUACUUUUACGAGGGAUCGAACGAGAACAAUCAUCCGAGCACUUCAACGAGCAUCCCAUAUCACGAAGCGCCUUCAACUUCUAACAACAUUCGAUUGAAACGGCAUACAUUCAGUCAAUCUGGAGAACAAGAAAACGGUUAUGAAUCAUCUGAUCAGCCGGAAGUAUCGUACCCGAAGAAAUACCGUGUUGUUGUACUGAAACAGGGAAAUAAUACAAACCUGGGUUCAAAUCAAGAAGCUAUGUAUGAUAUUCAGAGCACUUCUUCUGAUAUCCCAGGAUCUGGAAGAUAUUCAAAACCAACAACUACUUCACAAAAUGCUCAAAUGGAAGGAUUUACUUCUGGAACUGCCGGUCUGAAUCUCCGUCAGCAACAGCUCCGAGAGAGACUUGUGGACUCUUCAAACUUAAGGACUGACUAUGAAACUGCUUCAACUAAUGUACCAUAUUUUGAGAAGAAGAAUAAUCAUAACACACAGUUGCAAAGACAAGGGCAUACUCAUGGAGCUGCCGAAAAGCCAAGAAUAUUGAAUCUGAAAAGAUAUGCUCCUAACCAAUCGGUUGUUGGGAAUCAUACGAAUCGGUAUCUGAAUACGCAUCAACAAAAUAUCCAAAGCAGAAUUGGAAAUCAUGAAGUCAAUGAACUAAGAUCAUCCGAACCGAAUAGAGAAGUCAACGCUUCCAACUUCAAUUACAUGAAUAUAGAAAACUAUCAAGAAUUCAUGCGUUACGGAGAAACUAUGACUGAGUUUUUAAAUCGCCUAAAUGAACAUCGUAAAGCAGUCGGAUUCAAAGAGGCUCAAAUUUCGUCCGCUGUCUAUAUGAGAGUUCGUUUGAAUUCGAUGAGUGAAAAGACCGGAAGUCGACUUCAGAAUCUGAGACGUCCCAUUCUGAAGUAUAUUCCUGUAACGUUUGAAACAAUGUCUAAAGCCAAACUCAUGACGACUCCUGAGUUUCUUCGGCGCACCCAGAGAGCGCGGAACGCCGCACUGUUCAUCGAAACUACAGAAAAUCUCCGACCAUUUUUCGACGCGUUAUACUUUGCGGUGGAUGGAUUGUCACUCACGAAGACAUUUGCAAACAUCCUAUCGCGGAUCGGAGAGUUCAUCGAGUAUACUGAAGUUAAACCUAUAAUGGCCAGAGAAGGAACUACUGAAACAUCACUCAAGAUUGUGCUUCAUUGUGUGGUGUGCAACGCCGGCGAAGAAUGUAAAUACGGUUAUACUUUGAAGCAUGUAAUCGGCUCAUUAAUAUCAGGACUGUCAGAUAUGAAGACUCUUGAUAACUUUAAAGACUCUUGUUAUUUACAAAUCGGGAAACCAGACAGCAAGUUGAAGAAAAUCUCAUAUCCAAUGGUUGACACUUCAUUCGCAGAAGCUCUCAAUUACGCCAUUUCUGUAUCAAAUUUCGAGAAUCCCAAGACUAGAACUUCAUGA